AUGAAUCAACGAACAAAUGCUGCAGUUCAAACACCAGCCGGAUGUACAACACCGUUUGAAGUAGUAACUGGAGUAAGACAAGGGGCAGUGGCAGGACCUUUCCUAUUCAAUUUCGCAAUCGACGACAUUAUGCGAAGAACAGUCGACCAGUGUCCUGCCGACAUUGUCUUAGCACCAUCAGGGUGCCCCUUGACUGAACUCGAGUACGCCGACGAUGUUGUUAUAUUCGCGGAAAGCAGUGCGAAACUUCAACAUGUUAUCAAUCUUGCAUCGAAGCUGGCUGCAGCCUAUGGACUACGCCUACGCCCUGAUAAAUGCAAGCAGAUGUGCAUCUCUUCGAGACCUCGAACGGAAAUCAGGGUGGACGGACAACCCAUAGAACUCGUCGAUGAGUUCUGCUACCUAGGCUGUACGCUGAAGAACAAUGGCAGCUACGAGAGAGAUGUUCAACAAAGAUGCGCUAAGGCCACUUCUGCAUUUAACUCCUUAAUGAAAUGCCUGUGGUCGACCCCCAUCACCAACGAAGUCAAGCUGCGAGUCUUCCUAUCCGCAAUUCGCCCCAUCAUGAUGUACGGAUCGGAGACUUGGGCAACGGUUAUGGAGAGGCUUGACUGCACGGAACGAAAGCUGCUUAGACGGCUACUUGGCUACUUUUAG